AGAAAGAAGCAGAGGAAGCUUUAACAAUGGCGACUCUGAGGAAUAGAGGGGUGUUUCGGGUGUCGGUUUGCGGCCAGGAGGAGUUAGAACAUCUGUCUAGAGACAGUAGCCAUUACAGUCUCUCUACCGGAAUCCUUCCUUCUCUUGGAGCAAGAAGUAACCGGAGAGUCAAGCUCCGGCGAUUCAUUAUCUCUCCAUAUGAUCGGCGCUACAGGGUAUGGGAGACUUUUCUUGUUCUUUUGGUCAUCUACACUGCUUGGGUAUCACCUUUCGAGUUUGGAUUUCUUAGAAACCCAGAAAGAUCCCUAGCCAUAGCAGAUAAUGUCGUCAAUGGAUUCUUUGCCGUGGAUAUUUUUCUUACUUUCUUUGUAGCCUACCUUGAUAAAACUACUUACCUCCUUGUUGACAAUCCAAAGAAGAUUGCCUGGAAGUAUGGAAGUUCCUGGUUGGCUCUUGACAUCAUAUCCACCAUCCCAUCUGAGCUUGCUCAGAAGAUUUCCCCUAAACCAUUACGGUCAUAUGGCUUGUUCAAUAUGCUUCGCCUAUGGCGUCUCCGUAGAGUUAGUGCCUUGUUUUCGAGACUGGAGAAAGACAGGAACUACAACUACUUUUGGAUUCGAUGUGCAAAACUUAUCUGUGUUACACUGUUUGCUGUUCAUUGUGCUGCAUGCUUCUAUUAUCUUAUUGCGGCACGUUAUCGUGAUCCUGCAAAAACAUGGAUUGGAGCUGCACUCGGAGAGAAUUUCCUGGAGCAGAGUGUGUGGAAUCGAUAUGUGACAUCAAUUUACUGGUCAAUCACUACUCUAACAACUGUGGGAUAUGGUGAUUUGCACCCUGUGAAUAUAAGGGAGAUGAUCUUUGACAUCUUCUAUAUGUUCUUCAACCUUGGAUUGACAGCAUAUUUGAUUGGUAACAUGACGAACUUGGUUGUCCAUGGAACCAGUCGAACUAGAAGAUUUAGGGAUACCAUCCAAGCUGCUUCAAGUUUUGCUCAAAGGAACCAAUUGCCUCCUCGCCUACAAGAUCAGAUGCUUGCACAUUUGUGUUUGAAAUUCAGGACAGAUUCUGAGGGAUUGCAGCAACAAGAGACUCUUGAUUCCCUUCCUAAAGCCAUUCGAUCAAGUAUUUCGCAUUAUCUUUUCUACUCUCUUGUGGAUAAGGUUUACUUGUUCCAUGGAGUUUCCAAUGACUUACUUUUCCAGCUGGUCUCAGAGAUGAAAGCUGAAUAUUUUCCUCCAAAAGAAGAUGUGAUUCUACAGAAUGAAGCACCAACAGAUUUCUACAUCCUUGUCAGUGGUGCUGUGGAUCUACUGGUUCUCAAGAAUGGAGGUGAACAGGUUGUUGGAGAGGCAAAAUCUGGUGAUCUUUGUGGUGAGAUAGGAGUACUUUGCUAUAGGCCCCAGCUCUUUACAGUGCGGACAAAACGAUUGUGCCAACUGCUUCGGCUAAACCGUACAACAUUUUUAAAUAUUGUUCAGGCCAAUGUUGGAGAUGGAACCAUAAUCAUGAAUAAUGUGCUGCAGCAUUUAAAAGACCUGGAUGACCCAAUUAUGCAAGGAGUAUUGCUGGAGACAGAGAACAUGCUGACUCGUGGUAGAAUGGAUCUACCUCUCAAUCUUUGCUUUGCCACACUCAGAGGAGAUGACUCACUGUUGCAUCAACUGUUGAAACGGGGGCUUGAUUGUAAUGAGUCAGACAACAAUGGGAGGACAGCUCUGCAUAUAGCAGCAUCAAAAGGAAGUGUGAACUGCGUGGUUCUCUUGCAGGAUUAUGGUGCAGAUCCUAACUGCAAAGACUCAGAUGGGAAUGUACCCCUAUGGGAAGCUAUGGUGGGUGGUCAUAAAAAAGUGGUCAAGAUGCUGAUUGAAAAUGGUGCAGAUAUCAAUGCGGGAGACGUUGGUCACUUUGCAUGCAUUGCUGCUGAGCAGAAUAACUUGGACUUGCUCAAGGAAAUUGUUCAUUGUGGAGGCAAUGUAACACGUCCUCGAAGCAAUGGUUCCACAGCUCUCCAUGUAGCGGUAUGUGAAGCCAACAUUGAAAUGGUCAAAUUCCUGUUGAAGAACGGGGCUGAUAUUGACAAACCAGAUGACGAUGGCUGGACUCCAAGGGAUCUAGCUGACCAACAAGGACAUGAAGACAUAAAAAUGCUAUUCCAGUCCUGUGCAGAGAACAAAACUAAUUCAGUUGUUGCAAUCCCAGAGAAGCAAGAGCCUCGCUACCUUGGGAGGUUUACAAGCGAGCCAGACAUCCGUCCAGUAACCCAGGAUUCCACAGACAGUUCAUGGAGUAAAUCCCGUACAAGGCGUAGGACUAAUAACUUCCACAAUUCACUAUUUGGGAUAAUGUCAGCCGCACACAAUGUGGAGAAAGAUUUACUUCUUCGAAUUCAUCAGACUAGGAGUCCCAAGACUUCUAAUGUUGAUUCUGCUAGAGUGAUAAUUAGUUGCCCAGAAAGGGGAGAAAUCACCGGGAAGCUUGUUCUACUUCCUGGGAGCUUUGAGGAGCUACUUGAUAUUGGUGCUAAGAAGUUUGGGGUAAGUCCCACUAAAGUUUUUAUUAAAGACACAGCUGAGAUUGAGGAUAUAGAGGUGAUUAGAGAUGGGGAUCAUCUUAUUUUUGUUAGUGAUGCUGGGAUCCAAGAUACUAACAGCCAAAACCCCCCAAAAUAAUAUGGGUUUUUUUUUUUCUUUGGAUUGAUAUAUGAUUCCAUUUGCAAAUCUAAGAUCUUGGCUCUAGGUGGGUCACUAUUUUGUUUUUCGCUUUUUUUGUGUUUCUUGUCAAUAUGAAAUCCUUCAAAAGUUGAAGGACUCUUACCAUGUUUCAGUCAUUUGUAAUGUUUGUAUACUACUUUCUUAUAUUGGCUUUGGAAAAAUGAAGAAAAAGAGGCCAU